GGCCGACCCGAAUAAAUCGCGGAGCCCCUCGCUCUCGCGGCCGUCCUGUUUCGCCCGACGACGACGGAGGAGCGAAUUUAGCAGAGAAAGUCUCCCCAAGUUGCGCGGCGAAUCUCCGGCGACAAUGCGAUUCCGGAGCUCCCACAAGCUUCUGCUCUUCCCUCACCAGAAGCCAUUGCGUUGCCUGCACCAAGGCCGCCGGUGCCUCGCUUCCUUCUUCGCCAAGAAGCUGAGCGACCCGGCGCAAGCCCGCGCGUCCUCCAAUGGCGGCGCCGCCGGCUCCGAUGGGAGUUCUUAUCUGGUGCCUGGUGCCACGGUCGCUACUCUUCUCAUGCUCGGUGCACUCCACGCUCGUCGUCUCUACGACGAUAAGAAGGUUGAAGAGGCAAGGGAAAAGGGAAUUGAAUACGAAUUCCAUCCAGAUGUAAAGGCCACAUUUCUCAGGUUACUACCUCUCAGAUCCAUUUCAAGAUUUUGGGGUAUUCUGACGAGUGUGGAAGUUCCUGUAUGGAUGCGGCCUUCUCUGUGUAGAGCGUGGGCACGGGCAUUCCAUUCAAAUUUAGAAGAAGCAGCAUUGCCACUUGAAGAGUAUUCUUCUUUACAGGAAUUUUUUGUCCGUGCCCUAAAAGAAGGUUCAAGGCCAAUUGACCCAGACCCAAAAUGCCUGGUCAGUCCUGUGGAUGGUACUAUUCUACGAUGCGGAGAGUUGAAGGCUGCUGGGGCUAUGAUUGAGCAAGUCAAAGGUUUUUCGUACUCAGUUUAUGCUCUUCUCGGUGCGAGUUCUUUCCUACCAAUGGUAGCUGGAGGGAAGAUCAAUGAAGACGAAGUUGAAAAGGAAAGUCCCACAAAAGAGGAAAGGAAGAAAUCAUGGUGGAGAGUGUCUUUGGCCUCACCGAAAAUCAGGGACCCUGUGUCAGCAUGUCCUAUGACAGGCCUCUUUUACUGUGUAAUUUACUUAAGACCUGGAGAUUAUCAUCGGAUCCAUUCACCAGCUAAUUGGAAUAUUCUAAUUAGGCGACAUUUUUCAGGCCACCUAUUUCCUUUAAAUGAACGUGCCACGAGGACAAUAAGGAACCUAUACGUGGAGAAUGAGAGGGUUGUUCUUGAAGGUCUCUGGCAGGAAGGUUUUAUGGCACUUGCUGCUAUCGGUGCGACAAAUAUUGGAUCGAUUGAGCUUUAUAUUGAACCUGAGCUUCGCACAAACCGGCCGAAGAAGAAACUAUUGCAGUCAGAACCUCCAAAAGAACGGUUUUAUGAACCUGAAGGUGUUGGAAUCAUGUGCAAGAAAGGGGAUGAGAUGGCCGCCUUUAACAUGGGAUCAACAGUGGUUCUGAUCUUUCAAGCUCCAAUGUCAGAAUCACCCGAAGAUGAUGACCCCUCUGGUUUUAGGUUUUGUAUCAAACAAGGUGAUAGGAUUCGUGUAGGACAAGCCCUAGGAAGGUGGAAGGAAGGACCUGCAUGCUGAAGGAGGACCAUACAAGCACUCGUCGUGUAUUAUUAAGAUUGCUCCGACUCACAAGCGACAAUUUUUUCUUGCUUGAUGGCCAACCAUGAAGUUGAAAAUUUGCAGCAUCUUCUUUGCAAAUCUCUGCAAUUAAUUUACAGCUAGUGUAAAAGCAUUUCACAGUGGUCAGCUAUUCUUGGCACGACAUUUUUCGGUAUUUAGUGAUUUUACAUGAACAGGAGCUAUUUCUGUAUGCACGAUAGUCGACGCUGGUGUUUAUAGCACGAGACUUUUCAAAUCUGACACAUAGGACAUUCCUUCGUCUCA